AUGAGCUCCGCCGCGCUCGCCUCGCAGCUCUCCAGCUGCCUCAGCGACGCCGGCGGCGACUACGCCUACUACGCCUGCGUCUUUGCAUCCGGCCUCUUCACAUCGCCGAGCUGCGACCUCGCGUGCUCGGGCCAUGGCUCGUCCGCGUGCUGCGACGCGCUUGCGACCGCGACCAAGUGCGUUGCCAAGACAGCAACUGCGAGCUGCAAGAAGGUCGUCGACAAGACCUUGUCGAGCAUCACACAGUGCGGCGGCCUCUCGUCCGCCGCC